AUGAUAUCAUAUACAUAAUAAACAGGAUUGGGAAAUUUAGGAAACACUUGCUUUAUGAAUAGUGCAAUUCAAAUCUUAUCUAAUACUCCUGGAUUUGCAGACUACAUUUUAAAUGAUAUUUAUUAAUUUGAUAUAAACUUAAUAAAUCCAUUAGGAAGUAGUGGUGAGAUUAUUUAAAGUUUUGCCACUCUAAUUAAGGAAUUAAAAAGUAAAGAAUAAUAAUUUAUCAUUCCAAAUUCAUUUAAAAAAACAUUUUCCAAAUUUUAUAAUAUUGUAAAGAAUUAAUAUUUAUUAGUAGUACUAUGGAAAUGAGUAACAUGAUGCAGCAGAGUUUCUAUUAUAAUUACUUGAUGCAAUAAAUGAAGAUGUAAAUUAAAUAAAAAAAAAACCUUAUUUGAUCACACCUUCUAGUUAAGGUAGAGAAGAUUUAGUUGUAGCAAUAGAAUCUUGGGAUGUUCAUAGUUAAAGAAACUAAUCAAUUAUUACUUUACUAUUCUAAGCAUAAUUUAAAAGUAAAAUCGAAUGCCCUAACUGUAAAAAUAUAUCCAUUAAGUAAUUUUUAAUUUUUUAUCUAGCUUUGAUCCAUAUAUGAUGAUAUAAUUACCAUUAGCCACUAAAAAUAAUGAAAAAGGCAUUGUUUAUUAUUUAUUAGAUGAUUAAUAGAGGUAAAAGUAAAUGACAUUAUCUGUCUUUAAAAAUUAUAAUUUUGAAUGGCUUCAAAAUGAAAUUAAGAAUUAAUUAAGAUCUUAAGAUCUAAUAUUCAAUUUAUCAAACUAGAAAACCAAUUAUGAAAGUAUACAAAAAUUAUAUUUUAUUAGUCAGACCAGAAGAUGAUAUUUAAUAUUUAAAACAAUUACUUUAACAUUCGAAAUUGUUUGUUAGAUAUAUGCAAAUUUAUGAAAUCUAAGUUCCUCAUAACUAUAGAUGUCAUACUCUCAUAACCCAUAUCAACCCUGAAUUUUAAAUUCUAACUGAUAUUAUUACUCUCGUUUUUGAUUUCAGAACAAAAAUAUUCGAAAUAUAUGAUUUUAUAGACAAAACUUAUGCUUAAAAAUUUCAAUGCUAGUUUGAUUUAUUCUUACAAUCAAAUUCUUAAGAAACAGAAUAGUAAUGUUACUUUUGCCAUAAAUCUUAUUGUAAAUUUUGUGAGCUGAAAAAAUGCUAACACAGUUUAAAAUAUAUUAAUAAUUGCAUUUCUUAACCAAAUUUUUAAUUAAAUAUUAUCAUUAAAUGGUAUGGUUAAGGAGUUCCUUAAAUGUUUAAUAAAGAAAGCUCAACUUUUAAAUUAGAAGAAAUAAACGAUUAAUUUUCUAUCAAUAAAUCAUCAAUUACAAUCUAUGAUUGUUUAAGCUAUUCAUAAUAACAAUAAUAGUUAGAUGAAAACAAUUCGUGGUAUUGUAAUUAAUGUAAUUAACAUGUAAAAGGAAUUAAACAGUUGUUAUUAUAUUCAACACCAUAAAUUUUGAUAUUUUAACUUAAAAGAUUUAAAUCAUCAGAGGAUAUCACUUAAAAAAUCAAAAAUAAUAUCUUUGUUAAAUUUCCAUAAAUACUUAACAUGGCACAAUAUGUUACAAAUUUAAAAGUAUUCUAUUAAUAAAAUUUUAGUUGCCAAACAAUUAUUUAAACGGUCAUGAUACAAAUGAAUUGAAGUAUAAACUAUUUGGAAUAAUAAAUCAUUAUGGAGAACUCUAAGAGGGUCAUUACAAUUCUUACAUUAAAAAUUUAGAAAAUUAGAAAUGGUAUUGCUAUGAUGAUUCUCAAGUUACAGAAAUUCAAUUACAAAACAUUGUUACUGAACAUGCUUAUGUAUUAUGUUAUGAAAGAUAGAAUUGA